AUGGACCCCCCACCACCCGACGAUGCAUCCCAACCCCCCUCCCUCGCAUCCCGAAUGCGCUCCUACGAAGCAUCCUUUGACCACAUCCUCCCCACCCACCAACCCAUCAUCCUACGCCUCGACGGCCACGGCUUCUCCCGCUUCACCUCGCACUUCUCGCGCCCCUUUGACGAGCGCAUCCACACCGCCAUGACGCGCACCAGCAGCGACCUGCUCCACUUCUUCCCGCAAGCCACGCUCGCCUACACGCAAUCCGACGAAAUCACCCUCGUCUUCCCCUCGGGCGUGCAAACCUUCAACGAGCGCCUGCAGAAACUCUGCAGUCUAGCCGCGAGCUACUGUUCCGUACGCUUCAACCGCCAUCUCGAGCUCGCGCUGCACGCCUCCCCGCACCCGCCCCUCAAAGGCGACGUGCAGCUCGUCCAUGGCCACGCCCAUUUCGACGCCCGGUUUUUCCCCGUCCCCUCGCUCCACGAGGCCCUGAAUAACAUCAUCUGGCGCUGUCGCAAUGAUGCCGUUCGGAAUGCCGUUUCGUCGUUUGCUCGCACUCUGUACUCGCCCCGUGAAUUGCAUGGGAAGAAGACGGGUGAGCUGAUUGAGCUCAUGUUGAAGGACAAGGGCGUCAAGUAUGACGAGGCGGUGCCCAAGUGGGCGAUUGAGGGCUGUUUGAUUAAGCGCGAGCAGUAUGAGCAUCAGGGUGUCAAUGCAAAGACGGGUAAGGUCGAGAAGACGUUUAGAACUAGACCCAGGGUUGAGGAGAGAGGCGUGAGGGUCUUUGACGAGGCUGGUCUCAAGUUGAUCACAGACAAGUAUUGGUAGUUGUUAGUUAUGGAUACAGCAAGUAGCAUCAAUCACG